AUGGAUAUGGCCAUGAGCAUGCUUCCCUGGCUGGACCAGCCAGUCCUCCUGCACUCCAGUCGCGAUGCCGGCAAUUGCACAAUGACCGCAGAGCAAUGUGCAUUCAAAUCCUCUUAUUGGCUGUUUUGGUACCAGGCAGACCACCGCUACGCCUUACCAACGGUAGCCUUCUUCCUGGUCGCAAUUGGGCUGUUCACCAUUGGACGUGUCGUUUCGGGGAUAUCGUCCCAGCGUAUUAAGCAGCACUCCUUACUAUCUCGGAUCUUUGCAGGAUUCCGUUUCUUGUCGUAUAAGGGGUGGAGGAUACGUAGCUGGAAUUCGCAGUCGAUUGGAAUGUUCCUGUUGGGUACGGUUGGGCUGGUUUUCUUCUUGGCGAUGACCCUGGGGCCACGUCCAUACUACUGGCCCAAUACGAAGGAAAUCUCCUACGGCAAUUCCCCGCCCAUUGCUACCCGGACUGGCUUCAUGGCUUUGGCUUGUAUGCCCUUCUUGAUUAUCCUCAGCGCAAAAGCCAAUCCAAUCACCGCUCUCACUGGCAUAUCCCAUGAGAAACUCAACAUCUGGCACAAUUGGGUGGCUUGGGCCAUGUUCGUGCUAGCCCUCAUCCACACAUUCCCGUUUAUCGUCUUUCACAUCUGGAAAGGCGACCUUGUCGAGCAAUGGAGUAGCGGUGGAGUCUGGGUCACUGGUGUAGUUGCUAUCAUCGCUCAAGCAUGGUUGACCUUCAUGUCGAUCCCGUGGAUCCGAAACCGGUACUAUGAAUUUUUCAAGGCAACUCACUUCUUCAUGGCUAUGGUCUUUGUGAUCUUCUUUUUCUUCCACUGUGAUUUCCGCAUGUCCUCCUGGGAUUAUUUCAUCGCCACGGCAGUCCUCUACAGCCUGUCCUGGCUCUACUCACAAUGCAAGACAUACUUCGAGCACGGCCUCCGUCACAAGGCGCGACUCGUACCCGAGUCCGAGUACACGCUCCGCAUCAUGAUUGACACACAAAUGGAAUGGGGACCGGGCCAGCACGUUUUCCUUCGCUUCAUCACUUGUGGCAUGCACGCACUCACUGCACAUCCGUUCACGGUCUGCUCAGUGCCCCAGAGAGACUGCCAGAAUCAACUCGUCUUCUAUGUCAAGGCAAGAGGCGGGUUAACGGGUCGGCUGAUGGCGCUGGCUCGGAAGAACCCUGACGUCCAAAUUCCUGUCCUUAUCGACGGUCCGUACGGCGGUAUUCCUGCCGGUCGGGUUGAUGAUUUUGAUCGAAACCUUAUCAUCGGCGGCGGUGCCGGGGCAGGAAUUACACUCGCUCUGAUCGAAGACUUUAUCCGGUUUGAGGUUAAUCAAACGCCAAGAGAGAUGAAGGUGAUCGUUGCAACUCGCGAUCCAGGGAUGCGGGCUUGGUACAUUCAAGCAUUGGAGGAUAUUGCGGUGAGGCAUCUGCAGCAAAAGCCCGUGACUGGUUUGUCCAUUCACAUUCACGAGACUUUUUCAGAAAAUGAGGUGCAGCAGGUCGAGACAAAUAUCAAAGCAGCGAGCAAGGCAGAGAGCAUUCGCUCAAAAGAGUCCAGUAAAUCAACAAGGGAACUGUUUAACAUCCAAUUCUUCACUGGGCGACCGGAUCUCGCGGCUGCAAUUCAACGGAUGGCUGAUCAGGAAACUGUCUCAGUUGGUGUGGUCGUGUGUGGACCCUCUUCGAUGAUUCACGACGUUCGUGAAGCAGCCGCCGUUGCGCAGAAGGAUAUUCUUUCUGGAAAGCCUGGUUAUGCGAGAGAAGUAUGGCUGCAUAAUACUGAGCAUCUUGCCAGUGUGGAGGAAAGAGACGAAGCAUGA